AAGCAGUUGGCUGAGAAGGACAAGAAAAUUGCUGAGCUUCAGGACGCGUAUAUCCGCUGCUUAGCCGAUCAAGAAAACCUUCGUGAACGCACCCGCAAAGAAAUGGAAAGUGCUCGCGAGUUUGCCAUUCAAAAGUUUGCCAAGGACUUGUUGGAUACCGUCGAUAUUCUGGGCAUGGCCUUGACUGCUGUUCCCGAAGACUUGCGCUCCAAACAGGCCACUCUCGAAUCCGAGUUGGCCAAGGAUACCGAGAAGCUGGCUGACCAAUUGACCAACUUGUAUACCGGUGUGUCGAUGACCGAGACCGAGUUGGUCAAGGCAUUGAAACGCCAUGGUGUCGAGCAGGAUAACCCCGAGGGCCAAGCUUUCGAUCCUAACAAACACCAGGCUCUGUUCCAGACCCCCAUGCCUGGCAAGGAUGCUGGCACAGUCUUUGUCGUGCAAAAGAUGGGCUACACCUUGAAGGGCCGUGUUUUGCGUCCUGCUCAGGUUGGUGUCGUG